CGCUGGACCUGCAGAUAGCAUGCUUCUGAAGUCGCACAAACUUCUGAAGUAUUUCAAACCUAAAGUUUGAGGUUAAACUUUUUGCCUUUUUCAAGCUGCUACCUCCCUUUGCGACGAUCUUAUCUAAAUAGAUUCCCUGAAUGUUUUUGCUUAGGGGGAACAAAAAAAGUGAACUUGAGAAAACACAUGGUUUCAGACUGAGUGUGGACUUUUGAGUUUACCAGAGAUUUGGCUUUAGACUUUUUAAGAAUUCAGAGCUUUAUGCUCUGUUGUGUUUAUAGUUUUAGAUUUUUUUAACUUUAGAUUCUUUCACUUUUGAGGUUUUUUUUUGAGAUUCCCAAUAUUUGGAUGAUGACGUGCAAGACCUGUUUAAUCUAUGCCUCUAUAGUAACAGGUGUGCUCAUGCUCGUAGCAGGCUUUGGCAUCCUCUUGGCUGUUGAUCUGAAAACACGGAUGGAGCAGAAGCUGAAAGCAGAGAUCACGCUGACUGAGGGCAGUAAAGUGUUCCAGUCAUGGAAGAAUCCUCCCCCUCCUGUCUUCAUGGAGUUUUUCUUCUUCAAUGUCACAAACCCAGAUGGAUUCAUGGAUGGAGAGAAGCCACACCUCACACAAAUGGGACCAUACACUUACAGGGAGUACAGACCCAAGGACAAUGUCACCUUUGUGGGAAAUGGAACAGUUUCUGCUCUGACCACCAAAACCUUUGUGUUUGUGCCUGAAAUGUCAGCUGGAGACCCGAGUUCGGAUCUCGUAACUACUGUUAACAUCCCAGCUGUGGCGGUGAUGAAUAAAUUAAAGGAUGUGGGUUUUUUGAUCAGAUCAAGCAUUGCUAUGUUCAUGUCUUCAAUGAAAACCACCAUGUUUAUGACCCACACUGUGGAUGAGCUGUUGUGGGGCUUUAAGGAUCCUCUGCUCAGUCGUUUACGCUCUGUAAAACCUGAGGUGGACGAGAACUUUGGCCUCAUGCUAUAUAAAAAUGGAAGUAACGAUGGCGAGUUUGUUUACUACACCGGAGAAAAUAACUACUUGGACUACGGCCGAAUCCACACUUGGAAGGGUGAAAAGUUGAUGUCGUAUUGGGCCACCAGACAGAGUAACAUGAUUAACGGGUCAGACGGUAGUGCUUUUCACCCAUUCCUGACUAAAGAGGAGCGACUAAAUGUAUUCACAGCAGAUCUCUGCAGGUCCAUCUACAUGCUGUUUGAGAAAGAGGUGACUGUGAAGGGGAUUCCAGCGUAUCGUUACACUCCUCCUCGUGCUGUAUUAGCCAGUGGAAAGAACAAUCCUGAAAAUGAAGGUUUCUGCCUUGAGACAGACAAAGAAAAAUGCCUGGAUGAUGGAGUCUUAAACGUAGCAGUGUGUCGUAAAGGUGCUCCAGUCAUCGUCUCAUUCCCUCAUUUCUACUUGGCUGAUGAGAAAUAUGUCGAAGACAUAGAGGGAGUUUCACCAGUCCAUGAACAUCAUCAGACUUUCCUCGAUCUGAACCCGACCACAGGUUUGCCAGUUCGUGCUGCUAAAAGAGCCCAGAUCAACAUUAAACUGGAUAGAAUAACCGGAUUUCCAAUGACCAGAAAACUCAUUGGCACCAUCUUCCCUGUCAUGUUCCUAAACGAGUCUGUUGUGAUUGAUGAUGCAUCAGCUCAGAGACUGCAGAACCUCCUUUUCAUUGUGAAGCUUGUUCCAAACUUCCCCUUCGUUCUGCUGGCUCUGGGAGCCAUCAUGUUAAUCAUCGGCCUUGUCUUCUUCUUCCUCGCCCGCCAGAAAAAGGACUCCUCAAAGACAGAAACAUCGUACUCUCCUGUCACCACUAAAGAUGAAGACUCGGUCGGGAAGAACGGCGCUUUCAUCGGCAUGACGCCUGUGGAGAAGUCUUGAACAGGAUGUGUGUGUGUGUGUGUGUGUGUGUGUGUGUGUGUGUGUGUGUGAGAGAGAGAGAGUAUGAGAGGGAGUAUCAUACAAAUUCUGGUGUUCCUAAAAAUGCUGUUUUUUUUUUUUAAACUAUCAACUUAUUCAAGUUGUAAAUGUGACAUCAACAGGCUUCCACUCAGGAUGACCAUGGAGCCCUGAAUGAAUGAAUGAGUGUGUGUGUUUAGGUGUGUUUCUGUGAGUGAGUGUGUGAGUGAGUGAGUGAGUGAGAGUCCAGUGUCUUGGACUGAAUUGAAAUAUUUUGUUUAAUGAGUUGCUGAAGCACCUGGCAGGGUAUUUCAUGUCAGGCAAACAUUUCAGUUUCAGAGGUCAAUGGAGUUGGAGAGAGAUUUUUAAUGGAAAAUUCCUAUUUUUUCAGACUGUUAUUUCUCAGUACAGGGAUGCAGCAGUUGCUACUGUAACAAUGUGGCUGCUUUUGUGCCUUACAGUCGCAUCCAAAAGACUGAAUCCACUUUUGUGAACUUUAGAUUUCAUCAUUAUUCAAAAAUAAGCUCAAUUCCAGUAAAGUGAGAAGCAUGUUAGGGUUAAACGGAGGACUAAACUAAUCAGAUUCGGUAUCAGUUGUUAGUCCAGAAUAAAGUCCUGAAGUCCAGAAUAAAUGUCAGUGUUAAUGUAGGAGAAAAUGUUUCAGUGACAAUUUACGCAGAUGCUAAAAUCAAUUUUCUGGGCUUCUGUGUGUGAUGUUCACGCCUGCGUUUUAAGCAGCCUUUAGUGGCCACAGUGGGCUUCUGAUUAAAGACCGCAGACGAUUGCCAUAAAAAUCGUAAUCUAUUUUUAUCACACUUUUCAUUUGCUGUGAUGAUUUUUCAAAUGAACACAAUAUUGCCUUUAUUUUUGUUCAUUCAUGCGAUUUCCCAUAAAGAACAGAUACGUCGCUGUCUCCCUCUGUGUCCUUGGUUUAAAGGGCCAAAUCUAUUCAUCAUUAAUCAUGUCUCACAUUAAAACAAUAGAAUAUGUGGUCAGUCAGAUUUAAGAGAACGUAGUAUGUAUUACGUUUAGAUUAAAAAAAAAAAAGAUUCUCAAAAAAAAUUUUUAGAGGUGAUUUUAUUGCUGCAACUAAACUUUAUUUCAACCUUUUUUGAGUUUCUAAUUACCAGAUUGAAUUAUAGAACCAGUUCAUGUACGAUGAACGUAAACCGAUUAGAUUUACAUUUACAGCGUUCGGCAGACACUGUUCAGAGUUUUUUUUUAUAUAUAUAUAUAUAUAUAUAUAUAUAUAUAUAUAUAUAUAUAUAUAUAUAUAUAUACAUACAGGGGAAAAAGUUCUAGUUCAAGUAUUUCAUGAAGAAGUAGGUCUUCAACCUAGAUGUGUAUUAAAAUAGCGCAGUAGUACUGCGGCUGUGGCAAAACACCAGCAAACCUGGUUUCCGGCCCUCGGUUCAAGUGAGAGCUUAGAUUUUAUUCAGGGUUUUGAAGAAUGAUGGUCACCGACUGUGUAAUAUGUAUAAAAACAAACUCAUUUCAAUAAUGUGGAACAGAUGUAUGCAGUUUAUUACUGUAAUUUUUUACAUUUCGAGAGUUUGUAUUUUCUGUCACUGUUUCUGUCAAGUGCUGUUUAAGUGUCCAGAACAUACAUUUCAGUAUGACAGACUGGUACAGGAUUUAAAUCGUUACUCACUUGAGUCGAUAACAAACAAGAAGAAAUCAUGCACAACCGAGACACAUCGAUGUUUUACUCAAACUAUUCCCCACAUGCAUAAUUCUCAAAUAACUUUUGUGUAGCUGAGGCCUGUAUGCUGAUGUUGUGUAUUUUUAGUUAACAAUUCUGAAUACAAACUUCAAAAGACCACAACAGUUAACGCUCUGUUAAAAGAUGACACGUGCUCCAAUCUUGUAAUAAUCUAAAUAUUCAGAGUUUAAUCAUAUGAGCUUGUUUUUUUUUUUUUUUGUUUGUUUUUUUUUAAAAAGUAUUAGUUGAGUCGGCGGUCAUUUUUUAGUAGUGAUUUUAAUCUUUCAGAUCUUCUUAUGAGCAGAUUAUGAGCCAUUCAUUUUCAAAUGCACUGAGCAUUGUUACGUAUGAGUCUGGUCACAUAUCAUGUAUUUCAACCACAAUAUCACGUGGGAAUAAGGAAGCGAGACGGAUUGCGUUUUUUUCGCAUUUUGUGUUACUAUUUUGUCUUUUUUUUCAAAUGUUUGAACAAAAGAAAAAAGAGGAAUUAACUAUCAUUUAAUUCCGUCUUGUUUUUUGUUUUGUUUUGUUUUGUUUUUUUCCGUUUUGCUGUAUUCUUUUGUCUGACGAAGAUGCUGGCUUGAUUGAUCGUGUUGGUAUCUGCAGUAAAUCCGCUGUACCAAAUGAAAGUCGAUGUUUUUAUUGGAAUAGUAAGGUCAUGCUAACAUUUCAGAUUUCAGACUAUUGUUACUGUGUAUAUUUUAGCUGCUUUUCUAAACCUGUUUCUGUUGAAUUAAAUAUUAACACAUACUAUGUAGUCAUGUUGCACUAAAAGCACCCAGUGUUAAUUUAUGUUAAUGUGUGUAUCAUCAUUGCUAAUUAAAUGUUAUAUUCAUUUGCAUUGCGUUCCGUUCCUUAAAGCCCCUGUUCUGUUACUUUAUAAUACUUAACACUGGUGUUUCCAAUUAACUCAGAUUUUACUUUUAGAUUUUAUGGCAAUACAUUUACUUUUAUCAUUAAAUUUGUAUUAUUAGAUGUUUUUUCUUCUCAAUGUGAACAGAAUUGAUCAUAACAGACUUCUCGUGUUUGGCGAUUCUCCUGACGGCAGGUGUGUUUGUAUAGAAAUGACAGAAUUGAACAUCUAAUGUGUAAAAUAAACCCUAUUUUGGUUGAAAUUUACAAUCACCAGCUAUUAUCUCAGGUUCGAAAUGACCCGAACGCCAUCAGAGUCGUGUAAAUAAUAAUUUCUUUUCAUAUUCUUUGGCGCUAUUGAGCCAAACAAACAUUAAAAUCCCUUGCCAAUUUUUUAAUAGUAUGCAGAGUAAACUGUUUUUCAGAUUUUAGCAUGAGUGUGGAAUUAUUAAACAACUGCAUUGCAAUCAAAAAUUCUAUUUAAAUGGGGAAAAAAACAAAAACCUGUAUUCACAUUCUCAUAUUGACCAUUUUUAUGUCUACUUUUUCCUUUUUACUCUAUUAAAACUAUCCGUAAUUAUCAAGUUCUGGUUCAAACCAUAUUUAUAAUGUGAUUAAAAAUUCUAAAUUGUGCCACAUUUGUACAAUUCUUGAUGUUAGCAGAUUUAUUAAAGUUUAUUUCGGAAUGUUUUUUGCCUAAUGUGCCAUAUAAUACAAGCCCUGCAUUUCAAAUUGUAGAAAUGUCUAUACAAUAUUUUGUAUAUUUGAUAAGCCACUGUGUGUGUCAUACAUCCAAUAUAAAUAAAAUUAAAUCUGUUGGAAA